CGCGGAGUCUGCGCUUUGGUGACUUUAGCUUCAAAUUUUUUUCUAGUGCAAAAUUAAUUUUAUUUAAAGUUUCGUUGAAGCCGGACCGAAAAUAAGCGAGUCAGUGGAAAUUGUGAAUUAUUUCGUUUUUUUUGGUGCCUGAUGUCGAGUACUGGAGUGGGCAAUAAUUCCGUUGACCCCCCGUGUAAGAAGCGUAAGCUUGAGACCGGUGACUCGGACAGUGUUUUCUCCAACAUGUCGAACAAUGGAUUGUCCUCCGACGCUCCUGCAGAAAUCGACGAGAGCCUUUAUUCGAGGCAGCUUUACGUCCUGGGGCACGAUGCCAUGCGACGUAUGGCCACCUCGGAUGUGUUGAUUAGUGGAUUAAAUGGACUCGGUGUCGAAGUGGCCAAAAAUGUCAUCUUGAGUGGCGUCAAAUCAGUGACAUUACAUGACGAUGCAGUUUGUUCAGUGGCCGAUUUGUCUUCGCAGUUUUAUUUGACGGAAAACGAUAUCGGAAAAAAACGUGGCGAGGCUUGUCAUCGGCGUUUGGCGGAGCUCAAUAAUUACGUUUCUACGAAAUUGCACACGGGGCCGCUUACCGAAGAAGUCAUUAAACAGUUCAGAGUAGUUGUACUAUGUGGCCAACCAUUAUCAGAACAGUUGAGAAUCUCGGCAAUCGCCCAUCCAUUGGAUAUUGCUUUGAUUGUGGGUGAUACCAGAGGCCUUUUUGCUCAAGUAUUCUGCGACUUGGGUGAUAAAUUUACUGUCGUUGACACUACUGGAGAACAACCAGUCAGUGCCAUGAUUGCUAACAUCAGUCGUGAUGAAGAAGCUUUGGUCACUUGCCUGGAUGACACCAGACAUGGUAUGGAGGACGGAGAUUAUGUCAGGUUCACAGAGGUACAAGGAAUGACUGAAUUAAAUGACCGCGAGCCCAUGAAAAUUAAAGUUUUGGGCCCUUACACCUUCAGCAUUGGCGACACCAGAAAUAUGUCAGAGUACACAAGAGGUGGUGUAGUGGUCCAAGUAAAAAUGCCUAAAGUUUUAUCAUUCAAACCUUUGGAGGAAGCUAUGAAAGAACCUAACUACGUUAUAACUGAUUUUGCAAAAUUCGAACAUCCUGCUCAAUUGCAUAUUGCUUUUGAAACAUUACACCGUUACAUUGAGUUGAAUGGAAAUAGCCCUAAACCAUGGUGCAGGGAAGACGCUGAGAACUUCUUGAAGAUGGCUAAGGAAAGCAAAUUAGCAGAUGGUGUUGAAGUUGAUGAAAAGCUUUUAUCAAUAUUUGCUAAGGUUUCCAGUGGUGAUUUGAGCCCUAUGAAUGCUACUGUCGGUGGUAUUGUUGCCCAAGAAGUUAUGAAAGCUUGCUCAGGAAAGUUCAGUCCAAUAUUACAAUACUUAUACUUCGAUGCAAUUGAAUGUUUACCAGAAGAUUUGAGUGGUCUCACAGAAGAGGCUUGCAAACCAACUGGCUCUCGGUAUGACAAACAAGUUGCAGUUUUUGGAAGAGAUUUCCAAAAAACUAUUGGAGCCCUCAAAUAUUUCAUUGUUGGUGCUGGUGCUAUUGGAUGUGAAUUGCUUAAAAAUUUUGCUAUGGUGGGAAUUGGAGCUGAUGGCGGUGAAGUCACUGUUACUGAUAUGGAUCUUAUUGAAAAAUCCAAUCUUAAUAGACAGUUUUUGUUCCGUCCGUAUGAUGUGCAGUCUCCUAAAUCGGUUACAGCCUGUAAAGUUAUCAAAACAAUGAACCCCCUGAUGAAUGUUGUAUCCCACGAAAACAGAGUUGGACCUGAAACUGAACAUAUUUAUGAUGAUUCAUUCUUUGAGCGUUUAGAUGGUGUUGCAAAUGCAUUGGAUAAUGUUGAUGCGAGAAUUUAUAUGGAUCGAAGAUGUGUUUAUUAUCGCAAGCCUCUAUUAGAAUCUGGUACUUUGGGCACCAAAGGAAACACACAGGUUGUUGUUCCCUUCCUGACAGAAUCUUACAGUUCCUCUCAAGAUCCACCCGAGAAAAGUAUACCAAUUUGUACAUUGAAAAACUUUCCUAAUGCUAUUGAACAUACAUUACAAUGGGCCAGAGAUGCAUUUGAAGGGCUAUUCAGACAAAGUGCUGAAAAUGCUUCACAGUAUUUGGGAGACAGCAAUUUUAUGGAUCGAGUGCUAAAGUUGCCUGGUGUACAACCUCUUGAAGUACUAGAAAGUGUAAAGGUUGCUUUAUUAGAUGAAAGACCUGCCAAUUUUGAAGACUGUGUCAAAUGGGCCCGAUUGCAUUUCCAAGAACAGUAUUCCAAUCAAAUUCGUCAAUUGCUAUUCAACUUUCCACCUGAUCAGCUGACAUCCACCGGUCAAUCAUUCUGGUCUGGACCGAAACGUUGUCCUGAUCCAAUAACUUUUGACGUAAAUGAGUCCUUGCAUUUAGAUUAUAUUUUAGCGGCUGCUAAUUUGAAGGCUGAAGUUUAUGGAUUGGAACAAAACCGCGACAGAGCUGCUAUAACCGAGAUGGUUUCCAAAAUUAAGGUUCCCGAAUUUAUUCCAAAAUCUGGUGUUAAGAUAGCAGUCACAGACGCUCAGUUACAAUCUAAUGGUGAUAAUAUGGACCAUGAUAAAAUAUCACAACUGCAAACAGAGCUAGCAGAAUUAUCCAAUCUUACUAAAAUCAAAAUAACACCAUUAGAAUUUGAGAAAGACGACGAUACAAAUCUGCACAUGGACUUCAUUGUUGCAGCUUCUAAUCUGAGAGCCACAAACUACAAGAUUCCGUUGGCAGAUAGGCAUACCUCAAAAUUAAUAGCAGGAAAAAUUAUUCCAGCCAUUGCUACGACAACAUCGGUCAUUGCAGGUUUAGCUUGUUUGGAAUUGUACAAGUUAGCACAAGGAUUCAAAGAACUCACCAGAUACAAAAACGGUUUUGUAAACUUAGCCUUGCCUUUCUUCGGUUUCUCUGAACCAAUUAGUGCACCAAAAUUAUCUUACUACGAUAAGGAAUGGACAUUAUGGGACAGAUUUGAAGUUGAAGGAGAAAUGACACUGCAAGAGUUCCUAGAUUAUUUCAAGCGCGAACACAAACUUGAAAUUACAAUGCUUUCUCAAGGUGUUUGUAUGCUGUACUCGUUCUUCAUGGCUAAAGCCAAGUGUCAAGAAAGGUUAGGUUUGAAAAUGUCCGAAGUCGUCAAGCGCGUUUCAAAGAAGAAACUGGAACCUCAUGUUCGUGCUCUGGUGUUCGAAUUAUGUUGUAAUGACGAAGAAGGAGGUGAUGUUGAAGUUCCAUAUGUUCGUUACACUCUGCCGUAGUUUAAAGUAUCUAGCUUGUAGAAUAUGUAAGUAAAUUUAAAUUACACUAAACUUAUUUUAAGCAUUAAUGAAUUUUGUAUGCAUACACUUUUGUAUGUUUUUACCUAAUAUCAUUUGGCAUAUAUAUUUAUAUAUUUGUUUGCUUUUCACAUGAAUACAUGGCUGCAAAAAGAAAAAAAUAUGAAUUUUUAGAUUAAUUUAGAGAGACUAAUGUUUGAUUAUUUUUAUUAUUGCCGCCUUUCUGGCAGGAGAACAAGUGCUCUUCUAGCAAAACUUUGGCAUUAGACUGAAUAUCAUACAAAAAGUAUCUGUGAUUUUGGUUUAUUAAUUUGGAAAAUACAGAUAAUCAAAUGUUUUGAACUA